AUGAACUGGACUGAGGGAAACCUCUACCGUGCCAAUCGGGGCAGGCUGAGGAAAGUAAACCCAGCCCGCCAGCGUCAGAAGGAGUAUUUUGCUCGUGCUCGUGCCCGCGCAGCAGAGCUGAAGGCCCUCGCCGAAAACGGACCCCCUCCUAUCUCGUAUUUGCAACAGUCGAGCUCUCCAUCGUCUCGGCCUUCUCAUGUCUCCAACAAAUCUAACAGGUCUAACUCUUCCACCGCUCACCGCGCAUCACGCGCGCCUAGCCGGCCGAGAGUGGUGUCAGACAGGAAGAGGUCUAAAACCGCAGACCCGCAGGAUGACAGUCCUUUGCCUACCAUCAGUCGCUUUUUUCAGGAACGGUCGGGCGGCCUGGGAGCCGCUGCCCCGACUGUAGAAUAUGACGAGAAGGCGCUGGAGCAGAUGAGGCAGAGGUUGCUCGCGAAGAAGGACUAG